AUGGAGUACGAGGUGUUGUGGGGUGACGGUCCUCUCGGCCUGACUCUUCGUCCCGAUCUCGGAGAAGAUAUGCCACCAGUAGUAGGACGCAUCACGCGCUUGGAUUCUGCUGCUGCUUUGGCAAAUGUAGCCGUAGGACAUAUGCUGGUAAGCAUCAACGGUAUGGACACUGCACGCCAGGGGUAUGACCUCGUGGUCGAGACGCUGCAGAAGAUUCCACGUCCGGCAACACUGCGCUUUCGCGUUCCUCGAGCUAUGAACGGUACUCCAAGCGCAUAUCGUUCUCCUUCGCGUUCUUCGUCCCACCGUAGUCGUGGAUCAACAGGCACCACGUGGUCUGACUCUGGUAAGUCUCCUUCGAUUUCAAGCAGCUCGUCUACGCGUAGACGUGAACAGUACACUGUAGUAUGGACUGAGGGUCCUCUUGGUAUGAUUCUCCGCCCUGAUGAUGACGAUUGCCACGUGCCAUGCAUUCGAAAGAUAACAGGGAAAGGCGCCGGCACUGGCAUGGAACGAGCGACGGUGGGGGACAUUUUAGUAGCUGUAAACGGUCAAGAGACAAAGUCACUAGGCUUUCGCAGUACGAUCUCGCUGCUGAAGACUAUUCGUAAACCGGCAGUGCUCAAGUUUAAGCGGAUGGGUCGUCGCAUUUCGCGCAAUAAAUCGACGCUUGAUUCAUCUGGAGGAAGUCGCAGUGUGAGUGGAGCUCCGAGUGAUCUUGGAUCUUAUGAUAUUGUAUGGCGUGAAGGUGACCUUGGUCUUAAGCUUAAGCCUGGACAUCGCGAUGUACCUGUGCUCAGUAAACUAACAGGAAAAGGUAGUGCAAGUGGACUUCAAAAUGCUGAAGUUGGCGAUGAGCUCGUGUCCGUUAAUGGUACCGCUGUUGAAGGCGAAGCGUAUCAAGUUACUUUGCGCAUGCUUAAACACUCUCCAAAGCCGGCAGUGUUGCGUUUCCGUCCAGGUAGAAAUCGCCGUGAGUCGAUGAUGUCGGUAGUUUCGGUAUCGUCAGUACGUUCGAACCCAAGUACACAGCGUGAAGUUACAAAAGUUGCAAGUCGCCAUCACGUGCCUAUGUAUGACCACGAUGCUCUUCCUCUCGAGACUAUACAGCAACCACUACUAGCUAGACGGACCGAGCGCGAGCACUCUGACCGCGAUCGUGACCGUGAUCGUGAUCGUUCUGAUCGUGAUCGUGAUCGUGACCGCGACCGUUCUGACCGUGAUCGUGACCGCGAUCGUUCUGACCGAGACCGCGACCGUGACCGAUCUGAUCGAGAGCGACAGAAGCGAAGAAAACGAAUACCCUUAGAUGUAGCCCGCGAAUUAGUGGCGGCAUCGCAAGGAUCUGACUUGGAUCAUGCUAUUUUCGCUGGCAUCCCCAUUACUGCAAUUGAAGAAGGUUCGAAAGAGGCACAUUUGUUAAGGGUUCAGGCCAAGCUUUGCAUUGCAAAUCAGGCCAAAAUUGAGCGUCACACACCCGCUAAAGAGGCACUAUCGCGUGCGGAGCAGGAAGCUAAAGUGCUUCAGGAAGCAUUGGAAAAGGUAAAAAGCCAGGCAAAAAAGUAUGAAGAGAUAUUGGAAGCACAGUCCCGUGAGCGUGUGUUGGCGCUGGCUGUACGGCACAAGCCUGAAGAAGUGGUCAAACGUCAAAACAAUGUUAUCAGUGAGCUGACUGGAGUGAUUUCGGGAUUCAAACGCGACUCGUACGCUGAAGUGAAUGUUGUACCGCCUUUGGUUGAGGAUGAUGAUCACGUGCAAAAGAUUAUGAAUGAUUUGCAAACUGUUAUGAGCAUCCCAGUAGUUGUCCCAACAGUAAAGUUUUGUGCCGAGUGCGGCACUACAGAAAAUGAAUCAAAACUAGAUAUGGACGAAGAUGGCGAGCUAUAUUGCAAGGAUUGCUGGGACAAGUUCUUAAAUGUUUCUGGAGCUACCCCAACUGUAGAAAACAACGCUUCUGAAAGUCAUUCCACUGUGCCCGAACCAACAGAGAUAGAAGGAGAUGCAUCGCCUGCACACUCAGUGAGUUGCUUGACAGUUGAUGACCGUGAGGAAGAAGAACAAAAGGCGCGCGUGGAAGCGGAGCGGAAGCUGAUAGAGAUAAAGGAGCUUCGUCGCUCUGGAUCAAUGAUGCCUGAAAGGCCGAACAAGAGCAAUUUAGAUCGGUCACGACGCGAACGUCGUGGUCUUGAAGAGCUUGCGCAAGCGUUACUUGAAGAAGAAGAGCGCGCUCGCGCGGAGGGAAACCUUGGGUUGGCCAAGAAGCUAAGUGCGCAACGUGCGCGGACAAUGGCUGAGACAGCUGGAGAGUGUUCACAAUCAAGUACGGCUCCGUUUUCAGCUGUUAAUACUUUGCCAGUAGACGAUAAAGAGAAACUUGCAAACGGGCACGACGGCUUGGCAAGGUCAAACAUGUCAUCGCCUGUGGAUGAAACGCAUUUGGAUUCGGACUUGUCCAUACCUCCUCCUGUUCCAGUGUCAGUCUCGCCGGUUGCUUCCCCGGAACCAUCUCCUGUUGCCGACCAUCAUAAUGAGAAUGCAGCGAUUGUUGCAACGGCAGCAGUUGCAGCAGCUACGGUUACAAUGAAUACACCGACUUCACCAAUUUUGACUGCAGAAGCAACAGCAUCGUCGUCGGGUGGCAACGAUUACGCGGACGUUAAUUCGGACGAGGAAGCGGAAGAUCAAAUGCAUAUGAAUGAUGAAGAGGACGUGCUGCGUGAGGUGGAGGAGAAAAACUUUGCGCUAGCUCGGCAAUUAGACGAGGCUCAUAGCGUAAUUGAACGUGCGCGAAUGUCUAUUAGCAUGUGUGGGGAAGAUGACGAAGACGAGGUUGGCGACGGCCUUAGCGAAGAGCAAAUUAGUUUAUUUAAGAAACUAACGAAUCAGGCGGAGGAGCGUAUGUCUAUGGUUGACCGCCUGCACCCGCAGGACGACUCAGACUCGGAUUCCGAUUCGGACUCUAAUGAGGAAGAAGAGGAGGAAGAGGAAGACGAAGGCUUAGUUAUGACCGCCCCUGUUGAUGACGUCGCUGCGCCACCAGCACAACAAAGCAUAAUGGACCGCGUGUGGCCGAUGCUGCGCAUGUUUUUUAUCUAUUACGCUGUCACGUCUGCAAUCAGCAUAUUCGUGCCACAGCCGCAAAGCCAUCCUCAAUCUACAGUCCUGGACGCUACGAAUGCGGCUAACUCAAAUAGUGCCCCCUCAAAACAGCAACAUUUUCACAACUCCUUUCGUCUUGGUGCUCCAAUCAACCUCAGAGUGUAUGUUACGCCGGAAAAAAGCUUCACUUUUGCUGACUCUGCGGACGCUAUUGCCGUCGAGAGAGAACAGGAAUCGCUACGCUGGUUUGAAAAUGCACUUAAAUAUGACAGCACACCCAAUCCCGAGCGUGAAGAUGGUGUGUGGAUCCGCAAAUUAAACGUGUCUGUUGACGAUUACCUCCUUUCCAAUGGAUCGCUUUACGCGCACGUGUUCUUAACCAAAGAUGGUUGCUCACCUAACCCAACGGACGGAGCGUACGAUGCCAUGGGAUUUAUCCAUCGCUCGGUGGCGCUAACUGUCUUUCGUCCACCGCCUAAGAUUACGAAGAAACGCAAUUUGCUUGAGAUGCUCUCUGCUGAACAGAAGCAAGAAGGAAUUGAUGACGAUGCAUUACAAAUUGCUGACGUUGACUCAGAUGUGUAUAUCUCGAUGUGGAAGCCUUCGUUUUCUAUCAACGUGGUGCUGGACCACACAACUUAUUCAACUAAACAACCACCACCACCUUUUGUGUCUACUGAAAUGAAGCUGGACAAGACGGCAGGGCUGUAUUCCCCUGUCCUCUUUAUUAAUGAGUUCUGGCUGCUCGAGGAGCAUCUGAUCCCUAUCAAUGACACGCUUACAACCUUGCCACUUGAACUCUCAUUCUAUCCGCUGCCAUUGUACAAGUUUGUAUUGUACACACAGAUGGAACAAAGUUUUCGCAAUCAAGAGCUAUCAGGUGCGUCCUCAAGGCGUGACACAGACAACAUGAAGAGCAUGUUUAUUGAAACGAAUCCAUACCUACUAGCGGUGACAUUGCUAGUUUCAUUGCUGCAUUCGCUCUUUGAUUUCUUGGCAUUUAAAAACGAUGUGAGCUUUUGGAAAAAUCAAAAGUCAUUUGCAGGCUUGUCAUUACGUACCAUCGUGCUCAACACUUUCUUCCAGCUUGUGAUUUUCUUAUAUCUCAUGGAUAAUGACACAUCGUGGCUGAUCCUGAUCCAGUCAGGCAUCGGACUGAUCAUCGAAAUGUGGAAAAUAAAAAAAGCGGUUGUUUUCUCUCGUGAUGCCAACAACAAACUCAUUGUAUCUGGUGCAGUGAGUUACGAAAAGUCAUCAACAGCGGAGCAUGAUCGUGUUGCCGUGGCUCACUUAUCGUACGUUUUGUAUCCAUUGAUUAUCGGUCAGGCUGCAUACACACUCGCAUAUGGAGUGCACAAAAGCUGGUACUCAUGGGUUAUCUCUAGCCUAACGAGCUUUGUGUAUGCGUUCGGCUUUAUCAUGAUGACACCGCAGUUGUACAUAAACUACAAGCUUAAGUCUGUGGCACAUUUGCCGUGGCGUGCGAUGGUCUACAAGUCGCUGAACACAUUUAUUGAUGACCUCUUUGCAUUUGUGAUUAAGAUGCCUUGGAUGCACCGCUUAAGCUGUUUUCGUGAUGAUCUCAUCUUCUUCAUAUACCUGUACCAGCGUUGGAAGUACCCGGUGGAUGCUAGGCGCACAAAUGAGUUUGGUCAGGGUCCGACUGAGAGCGCACAAUCGUCAAAUGUCAUCAAAAGCGCUGUGGUAUCAACCAAUGACAAACCAAACCUAGAUCUUAAGGAAUUAGCUGCUGCAGUUGACGCAACAGAAGAAAUUUUGCCCUCGCCAUCUUCUUUGCCGUCGACAGAGUACAUAAUGACAAAGCGUCUGAACACUCUUGAGAAAGAAGUGCCUAGGAUGGAGAAAUAA